AUGACAUCCUCCACCAGCGACACCCUCACAACCCCAGUCCUUACAGGCCCAGAGAAUUUCCAGCUAUGGAAACUUCGCCGAGAGAAAGUACUGCACGUCGUCACAGGUGCAGAUCCUGAUCCAACCAUUGCCACAACUGCUCCUGCCACUGCUCCUAAUGUCUCCACUACCUCAGCCUCUUCUGCCCCACUUCCAUCAAUCACUAGCAGUAGUGCGACAGACUCAUGGGCCGCACGCGAUGAAAAAGCGCACAGUAUCAUCCAAGAUCAUAUCUCAGACGCGCUCCUCAUGAAAACAGAAGCAUGCACGACAGCAAAGGCGCUUUUUGACGAACUUGCAACCAUUCACAAUACAUCAAGUGUCGCCAAUGCCUUCUACACCUUCGAACAACUCAUUGCUUUGAAGUGGGAUGGUACUGUGCAGAUUAGUGACCACAUCGCAAAGUUUUGA